UCUCUUCAAAUAAUAAAAAAACUGUUCUCCAUUUUCAAAGAACUCAUUUUUCUUUUUUAGUAUUAACCAGUUAUAUAGAGAGAGAAUGAGAGUGCACACUACACAGCUAGUGCACAUCUACAGAGGCAAUUGCAAUUGCAUUUCAAUUUCAAUACAUUGUGCUAUACUGUUGCUAUCCAUCCAAAGGAAAGUGAACCCCAAGGAGACAAAAACCAGAAACGUAGAGUCACUCCACCACACCACAGCACCAAAUCCCUUUCCUUUUUUCCCUUCCUGAUUCAGCAAAAAAAGCAGAAGAAAAAUCCAAGCUUGAACCUCAACCCUUGAUUCUUCUUUUCCUUAAUCAGACUCUCUCUGAAUCUGAUAUUACCACACACACACACGCAAACACACUUAAAGGUUUUCUUUCCCCCAAAAUUACCAUGAUUUGAUCCCCUCUCAUCUCUCACCAGUCACCACCACAGACACAUAAACCCAAAUGGGGUUUCCCAGAAAGUCACUAUUCCUUCUUCUGUUACUGAUUUUCUUCACAAACCUUGACCUUGCUGAAUCUGCUUCUGAUUACGCCACCUUGGUCUACAAGGGUUGCUCCAAGGAAACAUUCACAGAUCCAAAUGGUGUAUACUCACAAGCCCUCUCAUCACUCUUUGGGUCAUUGGUCUCACAAUCCACAAAAGCAAAGUUCUUUAAGGCCACCACAGGGAAUGGUGGCCAAACCUCCAUGACAGGGCUCUUCCAAUGCAGAGGUGACCUCUCCAACUCCGAUUGCUACAACUGCGUGAGCAGGCUCCCGGUCCUCUCCGACAAGCUCUGCGGCAAGACCACCGCCGCCAGAAUCCAGCUCCUAGGUUGCUACAUGCUGUACGAGGUUGUCGGGUUCUCGCAGCAAAUCUCGGGGAUGCAGAUUCUGUACAAGACAUGUGGGGGAACCAAUGCUGCUGGGAGAGGGUUUGAGGAGAGGAGGGACACUGCUUUCUCCGUGAUGGAAAAUGGUGUGGUGAGUGGCCAUGGCUUCUAUGCUACCAGCUACCAGUCUUUGUAUGUGAUGGGGCAGUGUGAGGGAGAUGUUGGUGAUUCUGAUUGUGGUGAGUGUGUCAAAAGUGCUGUUCAGAGAGCACAGGUUGAAUGUGGAAGCUCCAUUUCAGGCCAGGUCUAUUUGCACAAGUGCUUCAUUAGUUAUAGUUAUUACCCUAAUGGUGUUCCAGGAAGACACUCUUCUUCUUCUUCAGCUUCAUCAUCAUCCUCUAAUUCUUACUCCUCCUCUUCUUCUGGGCAAAAUACAGGGAAGACAGUGGCUAUAAUAUUAGGAGGGGCAGCUGGGGUGGCGUUUUUGGUUAUAUGCUUGAUGUUUGCUAGGAGUUUGAAGAAGAAACGUGAUGGUUAUUGACAGUGGAAGAUGGUUGAUUGAGGAGGCAUAAUUCUUCAUGCAGUGGAUUAUUUCUAUAUAUAUAGCUUUUGGAUGAAAGAGAUGUAAAAUUUCUGGUAAUUGGACUUAGCAGAUAGGGAAAGAAUCUGGGACGGUUAAAUGUGGUGACUGAUGAUUCUUGUAGUUAGGUGAGGAGAUUUUGUUGUGAAGAACGGUGUAAUUAGCUCAUGAAAGUCAGAUUUUUUUUUACAUUACAAGGGGGAAAAAAACAAAUAUACCUAGAGGAAUGAAAGUUUGUCAUCCUGAAUGGGUGAAAAUUUUGUGCCUA